AUGUCCAAGUAUGGCUGCCCAACUUCCGACACUGAUCCAAACUCGGUGACUAUCAUCACCAAGCGUGGACCAGUUAACAAGACAUUGAAGAGCGCUUCUGCGUUGAAUGCUGCUCAGCGCAGCGGUGCUGAAAUAAUCACAGAAAAGAAGGUAAUGGCUGGCGGUAACCGUCAGCAUACCGCUCAUAAGAACACCUUGAGACUUGAUGAAGAAACCGAAGAACUUCAUCACGAGAGGGUGACACUUUCUCUCGGAAAAAUCAUGCAGCAAGCUCGUGCGGCCAAAAAUUGGACUCAGAAGGAUCUCUCGACGCAUAUAAAUGAAAAGCCACAAGUAGUAUCCGAAUAUGAAAGUGGAAAAGCCGUUCCAAAUCAGCAAAUUCUCGCUAAAAUGGAGAGAGCCCUUGGCGUUAAGCUUCGCGGAAAGGAUAUCGGAAAACCAUUGAACGCCCCGAAACCAAAGAAAUAA